GCGGACGAAGACAUCCAAACACCUUGUAAUUCCUUUACAUACGAAAAAAUCUUAUAAAAGAUGUCUGACGCUGGAGAUGACAUUCCUGUUGACGCCCCUGCUGAGGUUGAAGUGUCUACCGAGGCACCCAAGGGAAAACUUUCGGUUGAGGACGCUCUCCAGCAAGUUUUGAAAAACGCUCUCGUCCACGACGGUCUUGCCCGCGGUCUCCGCGAGUGCGCCAAGGCCCUGGACAAGCGUCAGGCCCACUUGUGCGUUCUCGUCGAGACCUGCACUGAAGCGGAAUACAUCAAACUUAUUGAGGCGCUUUGCGCGGAGCACAAGAUCAACUUGAUCAAAGUUGGAGAUGCGAAAGUUUUGGGCACCUGGGCUGGUCUCUGCAAGAUCGACCGUGAGGGCAACCCCAGAAAGGUUGUUGGCUGCAGCUGCGUUGUUGUCAAGGAAUACGGAGCCGAGAGCGAGGGCCUCCACGUCCUCUUGGAUUACUUCAAGAACCGUUGAGAUGCUUCGUUUUCCUCCGUAAUUUUGACAUGUACCAACCCUGCCAAAAAUACAAAAUAUAAUAUUGUACCAUCUC